AUGGCUGGACAGAAGAUUUGGCUGCGCGCUGAGACCAAGCCCGCUGAGGCACGGUCUGCCUUGACUCCGACUACCUGCAAGGCAUUGAUUGAUGCUGGAUAUGACGUGACUGUCGAGCGUUCAACUCAGCGCAUCUUUGAUGAUGAGGAAUUCUCCAAGAUCGGAGCACCUCUGGUUGAGGAGGGAUCGUGGGUGAAGGAUGCACCCAAGGACGCCGUCAUUUUGGGCCUCAAGGAGCUGCCCGAGGACGACUUCCCUCUGGAGCAUGUCCAUGUCACAUUUGCCCACUGCUUCAAGCAGCAAGGUGGCUGGGAGAAGGUUCUCAGCCGCUGGCCUCGCGGAAAGGGCACAUUGCUCGACCUGGAGUUCUUGACUGAUGAUGUCGGCCGCCGAGUUGCUGCCUUCGGAUGGUCCGCCGGUUAUGCUGGAUCUGCCUUGGCUGUCAAGAACUGGGCUUGGCAAUUGACACACCCCAACGAGACCUUGCCUGGUGAGGUUCCUUAUGCCAACCAGGACCGCCUGGUCGAGUCCGUGAAGGAGUCGCUUGAGGCUGGCAUCAAGGUCGCCGGCAAGGCACCAAAGAUUCUUGUUAUUGGAGCUUUGGGACGCUGCGGCAGCGGUGCCGUACAGUUGGCCAAGGAUGUUGGUAUUCCCGAAUCCAACAUCGUCCAGUGGGAUAUGGCCGAGACUGCCCGAGGUGGUCCUUUCAAGGAAAUUUCACAUGAAGCUGAUAUCUUCGUGAACUGCAUCUACCUUUCUGCCAAGAUUCCACACUUCGUGAACUUGGAGUCCCUUUCUACCCCCAACCGAACACUUUCCGUUAUUUGCGACGUCAGCGCCGACACCUCUAACCCCUUGAACCCUAUUCCUUUGUACGAUAUUACGACCACAUUCGAUAAGCCCACAGUCCCCGUCUCCGGGCUACCGGCUGGGGGUCUGCCCCUGAGCGUGAUCAGCAUUGAUCACCUCCCAUCCCUCCUUCCCCGUGAGAGCUCUGAGAUGUUCAGUGAGGCGCUUCUGCCCAGCCUUCUCACUCUUAACGACCGGGCCAACUCCCGGGUUUGGAAGCAGGCUGAACAGCUCUUCGAUGAGAAGGUUGCUACCCUGCCUCAGUCGCUUCAGGCAUAA